AUGUCCCCACCAAAGAGAGGCAGACCACUCAAGCUCUAUGUAUCUGCAUCAAAAGUAUCCAUUGGGAGUCUGUUGGUUCAAGAUAACAAGGAAGGGAAGGAACAGACAGUCUACUACCUGAGUAGAACUCUAACAGAGGUGGAAAGAAAAUAUUCUAUAAUUGAAAGACUUUGCCUAGCCUUGUACUUCACUACUGUGAAACUCAGACACUACAUGCUGUCAUACACCAUCUACAUCAUUGCCAAGACAGAUCUGAUCAAGUACAUGCUACCCAGGCCAAUGUUGAGAGGCAGAAUUGGAAAAUGGACCUUGGCCUUGACAGAAUUUGCCUUCAGGUAUGUUCCUCAGAAAGGUGUCAAAGGACAAGCUGUGGCAGACUUCCUAGCAGAUCAUCUUGUAGAGGAGAUUGAGAACAUGGACUCUUUGGACAUAGCAAAUGCAGAUAUGUUAACUAGAGCUCACACUUGCUUUAACAAUCCUAUCUAUUCAGUUCAUCUCACACCUUGGAAGUUGUAUUUUGAUGGAUCAAAAACUGAUAUAGCUUCUGGGGCAAGGAUUGUUUUGGAAGAACCACUUGGAAUCAGACACUAUUAUUCUUUCCAGUUAGAUUUCCAGUGCACCAACAACAUGACAGAAUAUGAAGCUCUAAUCAUAGCAUUAGAAAUGCUGGUGGAACUAGGAAUCCAAUAUGUGGAAAUCCUGGGAGAUUCAAUGCUUGUAUUAAAACAGAUUGCUGGGGAAUACAAGUGCCUUAGUCCUUCUCUAGCUGUAUAUCUAGUGGCAGCUAGGAAUCUUCUGACAGAAUUUAGAGAACCUACUUGGGAACACAUCCCAAUGGAGGAAAACUGUGCAGCCAAUGAACUGGCCCAAGUAGCAACAGGUAUACAAAUGCCUGAAGACUGUGUACAGAGGAUCAUCAAGUAUCCAACCUUACCUUCUGAAAAAAGAGUCAGAAUCAUGGCUUUGAACUAUCUUAUGUCCGAAAGAGUAAGGAUGAGACACGACCCAAUCCAGCAGGCUCCUUCAGUUCCCAUGAAUCCAGUGGUAAAGCUAUGGCCCUUUAGAGGAUGGGCAAUGGACCUCAUUGGCAAGAUCUAUCCAGCCAGCAGCCAGCAGCACUGUUUUAUCAUUGUGGCCACAGACUAUUUCACUAAGUGGGUAGAAGCCAAGCCUGUUAAAUCCACUACAUCUCAAGAAAUCAUCACUUUCAUAGAAGAACAAAUUAUACAGAGAUUUGGCAUCCCAAAAUCAAUCACAACUGACAGAGGAUCUUCUUUCAUAUCUGGAGAAAUGCUAGAUAUGGCAGAGGCAUUCAAAUUCAGGCUGCUUCAAUCCACUCCUUAUUAUGCUCAAGCUAACAGGCAGGCAAAGUCAAGCAACAAGAGAGAAGCAACUGGCAUGACCCCUUACGCUUUAACAUAUGGCCAUGAUGCAAUUCUGCCUAUGGAGAUAGCUGUUCAGUCCCUCAGAAUUGCUCACCAACAUAAUCUGGUAGGAGAAAACUACUCUCAAGCCAUGCUGCUAGAACUGGAAGGAUUGGAUGCAAGCAAAAUUGACACCCUCAAUAAACUCUUGGCAGGAAAGCAAGCUGUGUCAAGGGCCUAUAACAAAAGAGUCAAGAACAAGAGUUUUGAAGAGGGAGAGAUAAUCUGGAAAGCAGUUCUGCCCCUUGGAACACAUGUAGCUAGUUAUGUAAAGUGGUCACCUACAUGGGAAGGCCCUUUCAUAAUUAAUCAAAUCCUUGGAAUGGGGGCAUACAGGUUGCAGGAUAGAGAUGGAGAAAUUCAUGCUGCCCCAAUCAAUGGCAAAUGGUUAAAGAAGUUUUAUCCAACCAUGUGGGAUUCACAAGCUGUACAAACAGAUCCUGGGAUAGAGAAGGGACAACACUAA